AUUUCAGACCGAGGAGCGAUUCAAUUUGAGUUACAUCGCGCCAAAACGAACAGAUCCGAUGGAUUUACCGUUUUAUAAUUUCGCGUUCCUCUUGAUAGUGACGCUAGGUACCGACGGCAUCGAGGUGUUCGGCAAACAGAAACGCUUUCCUCCAAACAUAGCGGGAAAGCUGGACGAGUACUGGAAUGCGUACAAGAGUCGCUACAACAAAACCUACUCUGACAAUGAGGAGACUGCCAGGAGGUUGGCCUGGGAGGAGAAUCUGGUAACGAUUUAUAAACACAACAUGAUGGCAGCAGCCGGUCAUCACGACUUCACGCUACGCGACAAUCACAUGGCGGAUCUCGGGACCAGACAAUACAUGCGGGACAUGGUAAAAUUGAUUCCGAGUCGCAAACGACGCGUGUCGCAAGGGCCGAUGGUCGGGGCGGUUUUGCACGACCCUCGACACAUUCCACGCCAACUGGAUUGGCGCGAGAAAGGAUUCAAAACUCCUGCGCAAAAUCAGAGGGACUGCGGUAGCUGUUACGCCUACUCGAUAGCUGGUAGUAUCCAAGGCCAGAUCUUCAAAGAAACCGGCAUGCUGAUCCCUCUGAGCGAGCAGCAGCUGAUCGACUGCAGUGCGUCCACCGGAAACAUGGGAUGCUCCGGAGGAUCCCUGAGAAACACGCUGAGGUAUCUCGAGAAGGCGAAGGGGUUGAUGGCGCAAGAACAUUAUCCCUACAGAGGAAAACAAGGCCGGUGCCAUUUCCAGGAACACAUGAGCGUCGUCAACAUCACAUCGUGGGCGGUGUUACCAGCGCGCGACGAGCGAGCUUUGGAGGCAGCUGUGGCGACCAUAGGUCCAAUAGCGGCCUCGAUAAACGCCAGUCCGAAAACUUUUCAGCUCUAUCACACGGGAGUCUACAACGACGAGGUCUGCAGCUCCGACAUGGUGAAUCAUGCUAUGCUGAUCGUUGGAUACACGCCGACCGAGUGGAUCUUGAAGAAUUGGUGGGGCGAGGAAUGGGGUGAGAACGGGUACAUGCGCCUCGCUAAGAACAAGAACCGAUGCGGCAUAGCUAAUUACGCAGCGUACGCAAAAGUAUAAUCGUGUAUCGCUCGACGGAGUAGACAUUCGAUAUUAUUGUUUUGCUGGUCCUGCUGUGGCGCUAUCGUUACCAAUAAACAUCGUUGAACUCGACGAUUUCUGAUCGCGAGCGUUAAUAAUAUUCCGUAGUUUUAUCUGUACCGUAGAUAGAUUAAUUAGUUUCUUUUGUUACAUUUUAUUAUUCGUUCAACUCUAUUUUUUCCCUGUUUUCGCUCGCGUUUUAUCUUUACCUCUACGUUUUAUUUCCAGACGUUGUAUUUCGUAAUUUAUAUGAUUUCACUCUCUGCCUCCGGUAGUGAAAUAAAAUCUCCGAACUCACGUUGUUCCACGC